AUGGACACCCAGGCCAAGCCAGAGAAGGUCAAGCGAGGCUACAGAGCAUGCAGGAAAGCGAAAUGCGACUUGGGCGACAUCGACGCACCCUCGUCCCCUCCCUGCUCCCGAUGCAAGCGAGAGUCUCGAGAAUGUGUGUUCGCGCCCUCUCGCCGUGGUGGGAACAAUCGAAAGAGAGAGACCAAGGAGUCGUCAGAAGAGCAAUCCAUUUCGUACCCACCACACACCUCGCCCACCCCCUCGCCCAAACGACGUCGGCUUCACCUCAAUCCUCCUCUUCACGAUGCCGAUCCAAGCAGCAUAGUAGUCGCGGACAUGCAGAACGAAUCUGACGCUUUACAGAUCCUCGCCCUAGCUAGCGGCCAAGCGGCAACCAAAGAGAGCAUAGUCGGCGGUCGAGGUAAGCGAAACCAGGAAAUCUACAUGCACGAGAAGAGCGGCCAAGCGACCACUGUCAACAACAUCUCGGAUUUUAAACGGUUCUACGAACGCAGAAGGAGUGAUCAAGCACCUGUUUUAGAAAAUUUCCCAUUGAUAAAACUUGGCGUACUCUCCGCCGAACAGGCGAUAAGACUGGUUGAUCGAUACUUCCGAUACUACCACCAUCUGACAUCGCUUAGACGAUACUCCAGGAUCUCGAGAGAUUCACGACAAGGCUUGGGCCAUAAUGAGAAUGUUCAAUCGCUUGGUGCUCCUCCCACCAUCGGUCUCGUAGAAUCUCUUCUGCUCCUAGCGGAAAACCUACCACGCAGUCCCCCUCUAGUCACCCCCAUCGAGCUCAACCCCACCGGUGCUCGGGAAGAGCCCCACGGGGAUGAGAACCGUCAAGGUUGGCAACUGAUCGGGCUCGCUGUGCGAAGUGCGUAUGAGCUAGGUCUAGAUAAAAUGGCCUUGCGAAUAUUAUCAGACUCGGAAAGGACUCUCGAGAUAGAAAGGGCUCGGGUGGCUUGGACAUACCGACACGUGUCGAUCCGUCUCGGCAAAGGUUUUUGGGCUCGAGGCGCCGCUGUCUGCUUCCAAGGCUUCUCAUCCUCGGCUCAGAGCGGCCCAUCCGCGGGAUUCGGCAACUUCCCUUUCCUCCGUGGAAUCCCAGAUGAUCAGGAACACCCGCAGGAAGAUUACGGGAAUCUGAUUCAGGCUUACCUAGAAUUAACCCAACUAAUGAGCAAUGCGCAUGACACGCUGUAUCCAAAUGCAGCCAGAACGAGAUCUCUUGUCAUCCACGGCGAAUACUUCAAAUAUCUUGAUGAGCAAGCGCACGUCGAAAGAGCAACGAUCCGAGCCGAGGAAGAAUAUCGAACCAAAACCACCACUUCCCUCAAGCUCAGCCUUUUCCCCAGAGGCGCAGCACAAUCACCAGAUGCCAGAUACAUCUUCCAUAUGUGCGAUGCCGCUCGAGAGAUUUUGACGAUCUGCGUGGACAAACUUCACCCGGGCGGGGCAUUGCCUUAUCUCCCCACUCGCCAUGUGCUAUGGUUCACCUACGCUGCGAUCGUGCUUCUCAAAGCUCUUUAUUCUGGAGCAAUGCUUCGUGGAGAUCACCAAAAAACCUUCAACCUCAUCGACAAAUUGUGCCACUGCCUCAGCCAAACAUCCGUCGAUCCAAACUACCCUGCUGUCAGGUAUGGCCGUCAACUCGAAUCCCUGCGCAAGAAACUCGCUGUGUUAUCAGACGCGAAUACCACGCCCAAUACCUUGCCGGAUUCACGGGUCAAUCACGAUUGGGAUGGAAGCGAAUUAUAUAGAGAUUCUACUUAUCAGCCCAUGCCACCGAUGCACGAUUGGGGUAAUGCUCCCCCCACCAACACCGCUCCGUACGCCCAACAACCUAUGUCUGACAUUGGCUCCGGUUCAUACCAAGGAGUCGAGGCUGGAUUUGGCUUGGCAUCCACGUAUGGUCCUACGGAUAACUUGUUUGGAUUUAUAUCUAAUUGGCAAGGCGACGGCAUGCCUCAGGCUGUGGGAGAGACAGGCGAAAUGGAUUUAGGAGAUUUUUGGGUGCAGGCUCAGGGCGGUUUCCCAUUCCGUUGA